GCCCCUCUCCUCAUACCCUUCUUCUCCACUCUGUUCAGUGGUUGCCAUGGUGGCAAGAUCCUGGUGUUUCCCAUGGAAGGCAGCCAUUGGGUGAACAUGGAGGUGCUGGUGAAGGAGCUUCACUCCCGUGGGCACCAGCUGAGCGUGAUCCGGCAAUCUAAGAGUUGGUUUGUGCAGGAGCGCUCACCCUACUAUACCUCUAUCCCUGUGAAGCUGGUCAAGAAGGAAGCUGGUGUAGAUCUGUUUAGCACUGCCAUGCACAAUGUACUGGAGGGCCGCAGGAAGGGCCCAUUCGCGGGAGCUCUGGCCCAGGUGUCAGAGCUGAGCCGAAUAAUGAAGAUGGCCCACAGGUUAACUUGUGGGAUGCUGAGCACCUUGCUGGAGGACAAAGAUCUGAUGGCUCAACUGAGGGAUGACCACUAUGACCUGAUGCUGACUGACCCUGGGAUGCCUGCAGGGACUAUUGUAGCACACUACCUCAAUUUGCCUUUGGUCUACAAUGUGCGAUGGACCACUUUCGGUGAGGGCCACUUCUCCAUCGCUCCCUCGCCCAUCUCCUAUGUGCCCGUGCCUGGUACUGGGUUGACGGACCACAUGGGGUUGCUGGAGAGAGCCCACAACUUCCUGUACUACAGCCUGAACCUACUUCAGGAACGCUGGUUGAUUCUGCCAAUUUACAAUGACCUUCUACGCCAUCAUUUCCCUCCAGGUGCCAACAUCCCGGCUAUGCAGUAUGCUGCUGACCUUUGGCUGAUGCGAGUGGACUUUGUGUUUGAGUUCCCGCGUCCCUCCAUGCCCAACUUGGUAUACAUUGGAGGCUUUCAGUGCCACUCAGCCAGAGAGUUGCCAGCUGAGCUAGAGGCAUUCAUGCAAAGCUCUGGUGAAGCUGGGGUGGUCAUAAUGUCUCUGGGUACUUUGAUCACUGCUUUGCCCCAGGAAGUGACUGAAGCCAUUGCUCUUGCAUUUGCACAGCUCCCUCAGAAGGUGGUGUGGAGGUUUGUGGGGAAGAAGCCAUCCACAUUGGGCAACAACACUCUGCUCAUGCAAUGGAUGCCACAGAGUGACCUUCUGGGUCACCCUAAGACUCGUGCCUUUGUGGCCCAUGGUGGCACCAAUGGCCUCUAUGAGGCCAUCUACCAUGGGGUGCCGGUGCUAGGACUUCCACUGCUCUUUGACCAGAUGGAUAACGUGGUGCGACUAGAGGCUCGUGGUGCCGCUCGCAUGCUAGAUGCUGCCACACUUACGGCAGAAGGUUUCCUGGAGGCACUGCGGGAAAUCUUAGAGAAUCCAUCUUACCGCCUCAACAUGCAGAAGCUUUCCCGCCUGCACAGGGACCAGCCAAUGCGUCCUUUGGACAAAGCCGCAUUCUGGGUCGAGUAUGUCAUCCGACACAAGGGGGUGCCCCACCUUCGCACAGAAGCUUAUACCAUGCCCUUCUAUUCAUACUACAGCUUGGAUGUGGCAGCACUCUUGCUAUCUCUGCCUCUGCUGGCCAUGGGAGGUUUCCUCAUGCUUCUUUGGACACUGAUAUGCAGGAAAGACUGGAAGACAAUGAAAUACUCCAAGAAGAAGAUACUGAAAGAGAACGUUGUGAAGGAAAACUGCAACAUUUUAAGGACUUCAUGA